AUGAAGCUGCUUUUAUCAGCUAUUUUGCCGGUCCUGGCCGCAGCAGCCACGUCAAAGCCGACCGUAACGAUCGAUGCCGGGACCCUUACAGGUGGAAGGUGUGACGAUACAAGUGCAGUCUAUUAUAAGUCAAUUCCUUACGCUGAGCCUCCCGUCGGAGAGCUCCGUUUCGAGUCUCCGGUCGCCAAGAAGCAAUUUUCGGGGGGAAAGCUUGAUGCAACAUCCGUAGCACCUGCUUGUGUUCAAUGGACAAGCACAUUUAACGAAACUGAAGCUGAGUCCGAAGAUUGGUGCGCUUUGAAUCUAGUCCCAUUCUUUGGUUUGUUGCCAGUGAUUUUGCUAACUUUAAUCUGGAUUAGCCUCUUCCUAGAUGUCUGGACUCCAUCCGAUGCCACCAAAGACUCAAAGCUCCCCGUCAGAGUCUGGAUCUACGGAGGGUCGAACUUAAAUGGCGGAAUUUCCAACACUUUAUACGAUGGCUGCAAGUCUGCGGAUCAAGACGCAGUUCUCAUUUCAAUCAACUACAGACUUGGACCCCUUGGGUUCAUGGCACUUGAAAAUGCCGGAAUUUCUGGAAACCAGGGUAUCCAAGAUCUGCUUCUUGGGCUGGAGUGGAUACAGGAUAACAUUGUUCAAUUUGGCGGCGACCCGAAUAAGGUGAACCUGUUCGGACAGUCGGCCGGUGCCCAGGACGCUUUCAUCAUUGCAUCUUUGCCGAAAGCUCCUCAACUCAUCAACAGUUUCAUCUCUGAAUCUGGCGGUGGCAAGAACCUUCAAACUAAUGCUACUUUGCAAUCUGCUAGUGCGAAUUACGCUAGUAUCCUUGGAUGUGCCUCCAGCGACAAAUCUUGCCUUCAAUCGAAGUCUUCAAGCGAGCUUCUCAAGGCCUACACAAAGGAUACCAACUCUGGCUAUAUCAGCUACGGCAUUGGAAUAGAUGGUGCCAUUGGUGUCACUAGUGCCAAUACUCAUGCCUUCUCUCCUUACCUCGAUGGCAAGGUCAUUUCCCAAGAACCUCUCAGUCGUGGUUCGCGAGUUCCAGCGAUCUUUGGAUUUAACCUAGAUGAAGGCGUCAUUUACGCCGGCUCAACGUGCGAGACGAACGAAACAGCUUGUACUGAGGCUGGAUAUGGGGAUUUCCUUAAGGCAAACUACGGUCCUAUGGCUUCAACAGUGGAGAAGUACUACUCUCUGUCAAAUUUCGCGUCUCUGGGCGAGUUGGCUGUUGUUGGCGCUAUUUCCAAAGUCAUCACCGAUUCUGAUUACAUGUGCCCUGGAUGGCGUGGCGCGGUUGCGACUGCACGCAACAACGUUCCAACAUGGGCUUACGAAUUCACUCACAACACCACCUGCGCUUGGAUGGAAUCCAUUGCACAGGCUGAGGUCUCUGAGCUGGGUGCUACCCACACUGCGGAAAUUUCUUACGUCUUCGGUAACAUGGCUUUUGACUUUCCGGGCAGAAACUCUUGCAACUCUACCGCUGCAGAGUAUCAUCUCAGCAAUCAGAUGGUGAGUUUGUGGACUGCAAUGGCAGACAAUGCCGCCCCUUCCACUGAUUCCAUUCAAUGGCCCCGAUUCCAACCUUCCAGGAACGGCACUUCCCCUGGCUUGUUCUUUACCAACUCAACCGUCCCUGGAACGAUCGAUUUCAGCGCUUGUCAGCUCUGGGAUAAGGUGAAUGCCGUGAUUUCAGCGACGACCAACUCUACUUCGCCGGCAAGUGCAUCUGGCUCUGCAAAGGCCUCUAGCACUGCGAAGACCACCUCGUCUCCAACCCCUCAUGUCAGCGGUGCUGGAACCAUUCUGCCCGGAGGACUUCUGGCUCUGGCCGUUAUGUUGCUUCAUAUGACUGUAUUUUUAUAA